CCUAGCGGGGAGACUGCGCUACACGCGGCGUCGGCGGCGUCAGGAGGGGAGCUCGGCGAGGCUGCCAUGGCAGAGCCCAGCGGGGCGCGUCCUUACCUGCUCGCUUGAGAGAUGAUUGACAACGAGCUGCCGCCUCUCCAUGGAGCGGGAAGGAAGGGGAGCCGCUGAAGCGUCGGGGGGAUUUUGCUGAGGGGAAAGGAAAGAGGACUCGGCUGCUGCUGACGCGGAGCGCUGAGGUGGGCAGCCAGCCGGCCGCGAUAGCAAGGACUCCGCUCAGGCGAAGAAGGGCCCGCGGAGAAGGAAGCGAGCGAGCGAGCGACUGACUGACUGGACUUGGCCCUUUCCCCCUCGACGGGGAGACCCCAUCUCGGCGGUUCCCCGGGUUGCCCGAGCGACCCCGCGGGCAGGUCUUGGCGCCGAGGGCGGCUCUCGCGAUGCGCUGCCUGCCGCUGCUCGGCUUCUUCGCCUGGGGCUUCGCGAGCUUGCCUGGGCCCAGCCGAGGAGCUUCCCCUCCUCCCUGCCCGCUUUCCUGCAGCUGCGAUGGGGACGGCGGGGUGGACUGCUCCGGGAAAGGGCUCGCCGCCGUGCCCGAGAGACUCAGCGCCUUCACCCACACCUUGGAUAUCAGUAUGAACAAUAUAACAAGGUUACCAGAAGAUGCAUUCAGGAAUUUUCCUUACCUUGAAGAGUUACGGCUGGCUGGCAAUGACCUCGCUUUUAUUCAUCCGAAGGCCUUGUCUGGGUUGAAGGAGCUCAAAGUUCUCACUCUGCAGAACAAUCAGUUGAAAACUGUUCCCAAUGAGGCCAUCAGGGGACUCAGUGGACUACAGUCCUUGCGCUUAGAUGCUAACCACAUUACUGCUGUCCCAGAAGACAGUUUUGAGGGCCUCGUUCAACUGCGACACCUGUGGCUGGAUGAUAACAGUUUGACUGAAGUCCCUGUUGUUCCUCUCAGCAAUCUUCCAUCCCUGCAGGCCUUAACCUUGGCUCUCAACAAAAUAACCAGCAUCCCUGAUUUUGCUUUUACAAAUCUCUCAAGCCUCGUUGUCCUGCAUCUCCAUAACAAUAAAAUAAAAACACUGGGACAUCAUUGUUUUGAUGGAUUAAACAACCUAGAAACCUUAGACUUGAAUUAUAACAACAUGGCAGAGUUCCCUGAAGCAGUAAAAGCACUUCCAAGCCUAAAAGAGCUGGGAUUUCACAGUAAUUACAUUUCCGUGAUCCCUGACAAUGCAUUUGCAGGAAACCCACUUCUUCGUACUAUACAUCUGUUUGAUAACCCAUUAUCCUUUGUUGGGAACUCAGCUUUUCAAAACUUGUCAGAUUUGCAUUCCCUGGUCAUUCGUGGCGCCAGCAUGGUGCAGUGGUUUCCUAACUUAACAGGAACCACCAAUCUGGAAAGCCUGACUUUUACAGGCACCAAAAUAAGCAGCAUCCCCAUUGAUCUAUGCCAAGAACAAAAACUGCUUCGGACGUUGGAUUUAUCUUAUAACAACAUAAAACAACUUCCAAGUUUUAAAGGUUGCAGUUCCCUGGAAGAAAUAUCUUUGCAGCAUAAUCAAAUUGAAGAAAUCAAAGAAGAUAUAUUCCAGGGGCUGACUUCUCUACGUACCCUAGAUCUCAGCAGAAAUUUGAUCCACCGAGUUGACAAGGAAGCAUUUACUAUGCUGGGUGCUAUUACCAACCUAGAUUUAAGUUUCAAUGCAUUGACUUCAUUUCCAACUAGAGGCCUGGCUGGGUUAAACCAGCUUAAACUUGUAGGCAAUACAGAACUGAAAGAAGCUUUGGUGGCAAAGGACUUUGUAAAACUCAGAUCUCUUUCUGUUCCAUAUGCGUACCAAUGCUGUGCUUUCUGGGGCUGUGACUCUUAUUUAAAUGCUAACACAGAAGAUCCCAGUCACAAAGAUUCAGUUGCACAUGAGCGAGGUGCACCAGAAGCAGAUUACUUAAGCAGCGAUAAGAAUGAAGAACUUGGCCAGACAAUAAUUCACUGUACCCCCACAACAGGUGCUUUCAAGCCCUGUGAAUACUUACUGGGAAGCUGGAUGAUCCGUCUUACAGUCUGGUUUAUUUUUUUGGUUGCCUUGUUCUUCAACAUGCUUGUCAUGUUAACUAUAUUUGCUCCUUGUACUUCACUGCCUUCCUCCAAACUAUUCAUAGGCUUGAUUUCUGUCUCUAACUUAUUUAUGGGGGUCUACACUGGCAUAUUAACUUUCCUGGAUGCAGUUUCUUGGGGUAGGUUUGCUGAAUUUGGUAUCUGGUGGGAGACUGGCAGUGGUUGUAAAGUUGCUGGGUUUCUGGCCAUCUUCUCUUCAGAAAGUGCCAUUUUUUUCCUGAUGCUAGCAGCCAUUGAGCGGAGCUUAUCUGCAAAGGAAAUAAUUAAAAAGGGUAAAAGCAAUAAUCAGAAACAAUUUCGAAUUGCUGCUAUUUUUGCUUUCCUGUGUGCACUUGUAGCAGGAUGCUUACCACUUUUCCAUAAGGGAGAGUAUUCUGCAUCACCUCUCUGCCUGCCCUUUCCCACUGGAGAAACUCCUUCCCUAGGGUUCACCGUUACAUUAGUGCUCCUAAACUCAUUAGCCUUCUUGCUCAUGGCUAUUAUUUAUAUCAAACUUUACUGCAACUUGGAAAAGGAAGACCUCUCUGAGAACUCACAGGCUAGCAUGAUUAAACAUGUUGCUUGGCUAAUCUUCACCAACUGCAUCUUUUUUUGCCCGGUUGCAUUUUUCUCCUUCGCUCCGCUCAUCACUGCAAUUUCUAUUAGCCCUGAAAUCAUGAAGUCUGUCACACUAAUAUUUUUCCCAUUACCUGCUUGUUUGAAUCCAGUCUUGUACAUCUUCUUCAACCCCAAAUUUAAAGAAGAUUGGAAAUUACUGAGAUGGCACAUCACCAAGAAAAGUGGGACUGGAACAGUUGCUGUCAAUACUCAAGGUGGCUGUGGGGCGCAGGAUUUUUACUAUGACUGUGGCAUGUACACACACCUGCAGGGCAACCUUACCAUGUGUGAAUGUUGUGAAUCACUACUUAUAUCAAAGCCUGUGCCAUGUAAACACUUAAUAAAAUCCCACAGUUGUCCAGCUCUGACAGUAGUGCCUUGCCAAAGGCCAGAUGGCUAUUGGUCAGAUUGUGGUACCCAGUCUGCUCAUUCUGAUUACGCUGAUGAAGAGGACUCUUUUGUGUCGGACAGUUCAGAUCAAGUACAGGCCUGUGGACGUGCCUGUUUCUAUCAAAGCAGAGGUUUCCCAUUGGUUCGUUAUGCCUACAACAUCCCAAGGAUUAAAGACUGAAAGACUUUACUGCAAAGCAUAUGAUUAAAGAGGAGGAAGUAUGAUGCUUCAAAGACCAUGGCUGUUCUGACCUUUUACCUGGAAGCACUUUUAUAACCAUCAUCUGAUGUUAGUUAAAAACAAGGGAUGUAGGCAGUGAAUGUCUUGAACAAUGUAUUUUAAAUAAGAGCUGUUGCUCUUAAUGUAAAUAAUUGGAAAACCAAAAUUUAUAAUCCCAUUGUUUUUUACUCUUUUUUCCAAGCAAUUAUGUAUUACAUUCUUAGACUAUUUUUCCAUGUUGUUAUCUAAUUGUAACUUACUGCUCCUGUUGUGACGUGAAUUCUGCCAACUUUUCUAGUUAAGCACAAUACAACAGAAAGCAGUUCACACACACACACACAUUUUUAAAUGUGAUUUUAUUAUAGCAAGGGAAAAAUUGUUGCUAACUUUUGUAUAGCAUUUCUGACUGAAUCUCAGGACAUUUUACUGCAGGGCCAAAAGAAGAGAGUACUCUUCCCAAAUGCAACUGUGAGACAAAUACGGGGAAAAACAUGCUAUGUUUUCAUAAUUUAACCUGUAGCUAACUUUGUCUGGAAUGAAAACAUUUAUUUCAGUAAAAUACUUUGAUCCCCUCUUAAUAGAAUCUGAACAGUUUGAUUGAAUAGCCUUUCAGUUCAGAUACUGCUUGAUAGCCAAUGAAAACUUUGGGCUUUUGCAUGCUGGACAAACAUCAAAAUGAGUUUUGCCAAAUUUGUGCUUUGUGUUUCAAAGGGCUGGAUCCAAACUUCACUGUCCACAAAUAGAAAGGCUGCUUGCAUACACAGGCAGCUUUUUAUCCAAGAGUGCCCCACUGGUAAAGGCAGAUUUUGCAGAUUUCUCCCCUCCACCUGCAGCCCCCAGUGCCAGCUUCCACACUAUUCUGAAGGAUCCCCUAACCCUUGGCAAUACUGUGGAAUGUAUUGCAGGGGGAUGGGGGGAAUUGGCAAAAGUCAUCCCCUCCAUACACACCUUGCCCCAAAUGCUGUCAGGAGCAUCCCCUGAGCACAACUCUGUUCAGAGGUUGCUUUUGCCAUUGCUCUGACCCUACAACCUCUAGGGUAAAUAUAGCACUUUGCGGAAUAGUCUACAUACCUAAUUGGGGGUUGCCUAAUGCACACCCAGAGCAUUUUUUGACAUAGAAAACAACAGGAUAACCACUAUCACCUGAGAGAACCUCAGUUUUGGGACCGUGCCAUGUGUCUCGAGAGAGCAAAAAAUGUGUGACAUGAACAGCCACUGAAAGGUAGAAAUGAACAUGCUCUUCAGGAAGGGAAAUGAUGUUAGGGGUGAAAUCACAGUACAUAGUACUUUGCAAUAAUAAUAAGGUUAUUUGGAGUAAAAGAUUGGGAUGUUCACAAACUUUGAAACAAGGCAUGUAAGGAGUCCCACAACGCUAGGAAUUUUUGUUUUGAUGCUAUUUUACAGUAAUGUGGAAAUGGAUUGUCUUGCAUUAAAGUGGGGGAGGGGCAUGGCAAGUUGAAUAAUUGCAUCUUUAGAUGUGAGGCCCUGAUUGCUUCAUAAUUAUAAGGAGCGAUCCUUGAUAUAUGCCCUUAACCUGAAGUCUGAGCAGCAUAAUAUGAAUGCAUAUCAAACUAAAUCUUACAUUUUUUGGAAGAAAAUGUUAAGUUGAUCGCAAUUCCACUGCCAUACCAGUAAUUCUGGCAUAAUUUUUACUAAAUGAUUAAAACUACAGUAGAUUGCAGUUAGGAAAAUUAAACUGUACAUAAUGUGCAUAAAAAGUAUUUUCUUUGUAUUGUAAAUUAUUUGAUAGAACACAUGAUGGGAAACGUGGCUUCAGUGCAUUUUGUUAAUUAAGGCUACCUCCUGAAAUAUAACAGCUGCCAGUAGCAGAAUGUUUAAAUUGUGGUUUAUAUACUUUUUUGCAUUGUAAAUAAACAUUGGUUGUACAUUGUUGUUGUAAUAAAACCAGAAGCUUUGUAUAUCGAAAUUAUUUAGCUUGUACAAAAUAUGGGAUGCUAUCAAUCUCGUAUACUGUAAUUUUUGUAAGCCUAAAUCAUUCAUAGUAAAAUCAAAGAAAAUCAAAAA